GCUCACAUGUUAAGAAGCAUCAGCAGCAGCAGGAGAUUCUUGACAGCAGUAAGUUUGAUGAACAUUCGGUGGUAGAGGUGAGGAGUUUGAGUGGAGGGGUGUUUAUUUAUUGCACCACCACCAAAGGUGUCAUGGUUCUGCCCCAUGAACUUUAGUUUCCAUUUAUUUUCCAUUCCUUGUGCAUCCCUAAAGUUCCUAGCAUGUCGUUACCUUUGUUAUUCCCUGUGUUUGUGUUUUCUUGAGUUUCCUGUUUUAUUCUGAAGUCCAUUUCCUUGUGUUGCUUCACUUCCUUUCCACCGUGUCUUGUUUCUGGUGGGGUUUUUUAAAAAACUUUUUAACUUGCAACAUAUGAGUAACAUUGGUCAACAGGGAAAUUACUAAGCGUUUCCAUUUUUCCCCAAAAUCAAUACACAAUUGGAGCAAAUUCCAUUCAGUUGUCCACAGCCUGACAUCUUUUAUAGUUUUUUUUGUACAUUGCAUUAAUGUCCUGAGGCACAGUGGUGUAGUAUGUGUGCCCUCCCAAUUUUGCUAAUGUGAACCGGUAAUAGAAGCUUUGCCUCACGUAAUCUCUGUGGCAAAUGCACAAGCGGAUGCCUGCAAGACUAUAAUCAAAUUCAUUACUAACUAUCUGAGAGGUAAAAAAGGAAACAAGAAAACUGCAACAAAUAAAUGGAUGAAGUGCAAUAUUAUAACUACUGACUGAUACAAUUCAUAGGAUUGAUACACACGGAAGGAUCAUAUUUUUUGUCACUUGAUAUUUACAGUCAUUGGGUCACCAGGCACAAUAAUACAUGUUUUCUCCCACUUGAGCUAAUAAAAUCAUGAAGGAUGACAGAGACCUAAUGAAACGGAUUUAGUGUCCUGCUCAUGAGCACUCAAAUGAUUUCACCACUACCUGAUAAUAUAUAUUAUUGAUAGUGUCUCAAAGAAACUUCCUGACUCAUUGCUUUCUUUAAAAAGUCAAGCAAUCACAAGGAAUAUAUUUACAGGCAGAUACUGAAUAUGCUUCCUUAAGCAACUGCAGACCAUUUCAGUGAUUGCUUGCUCAGUGUUACUCGCUGCCAAAGUCUUUUCAUUCUCGGAUGGACAAUUACAUUAAAGGUUUUGUAGGUAAGUGAGCUUCUGGAUCCCGCCUGCAGUGUACGCCGCAGAGAAAGGUUGGAAUUAAAACGUGUGGUGAACAUCAUAGAGAAUAAAAGAUAUAAUGGGGGGGGGCUUUUGAAUUAAAUGCAAGCCCUUGAGAUGCACUCUAAACAUUCAUUAAUCAUUUAUAAGAAGCAACACUUUUAUGUGUAAAUUGUUACAUCACAGAUGCUCAAAAAUGACUAAAGAAUAACCAGUUUUUGCAUCGGAUGGGAAGGGUUAUGAUUUAAAUCUUAGAGAUAAAAGGCAGCUACCGUAAGUGUGUCAUUACGUAACUCUAAUCAGCCCGGUGGCUUUUAGUUUGGUUGAUCCAUGAGAAGGAGAGACGCUUCAGUCACAUAAAAGAUGAUGAAUCCUUUCAAUAAUCGACCUACACAUGACAUAGAGGCAAAGAGCUGGAACCAACACUCAGCACAGCCAUAAAAUAUACGUAUAAUUGGUUUGUAUGACAUAAAAUGAAUUCAAUGUAAUACAUGGAUUCAUCAGAUUGAAAUCAGCAUCAGGUUUUGACACACAGGGGAAACGUAACAACCAAACAUCACUAAUUAAACUAAAAACAACAAUCACAACAAAAUCCUUACUCAGAAAAAAGGAUGUUCACAUAUUGAAACAUUUAAUCAAAACAAAAAUACCUCAUAUAAUGUAAAUCAAGAAACAACAAACAUAUUCAACAAAGAACGUUGCUCCCCCAUGACAUGGCGAGGAGCGGUAGGGUCCAAUUUGGCCACCUCCCUUAUAAAACACCUCUUGCUCCAGGUGACAUCCUUUUGCCCAGCAGACAGCAAGGAACCAUUUCAGGAGUGUGGAAUCUCACUGGUGAGCUCAAAGAAAGAAAAGUUUAGACAGAAAGACUGCGCACUAAAAAAAGAUACAUUGGCACUGUCAAACAAAAUAAAUAAAGUAUGUGUAUGUGAAACAAAAGCCAUGUGUCCCUUAAAUUGUUUGUAUUAUAUUAAAUGUUUGAAUGUUUGUUCAAGAAAUCAUAUGAAUCGACUUAAGUCAAAAAGUAUGGGUGCAAGAGGUUAUCACUUUUUAAGAUGGCUGUGUGGCGAUGGCUGUGGCCAUCACAACGCUGAUACUGCCACAUUUGUGUUAAGAUAAAAUUGAGCGGAUGUUAUAUCUUAUCUUACUGCCUUUAACACCAAACACUGCCAGUUAUUACAUUUCUAACGUGAGCAAAACCAUAGCUGCAGGGUGCUGCAGAAAGCAAAGUCCCUCCCCUCGAUUUUAUGGCUCGCUCUUUUCAGACUAGUGAGAGAGUGAAAAAGAGAGUGAGAGUACGAAGAGUGGAAGAGUAAUGAUGCACUGGUAUCAGUCUUGUGCAGACGCUGAACAACAUACGGAGGAUUAAUCAUUCAGCAUCCUUUGAAGUGCCACAAGUGCACUUCUUCCAGAUCCUCAAAGAAAAUACACAUAAUGGAGGACGCUUCUGAGCUGAGGCAAAACCCACAGUGGAGACAAGAAAUUCCUUUAACCAUUUUUAUUUUAUUUUUUACAAUCUGAGCAAAGGUAAGUGUAGAGGAAAAAUGUCUUCCUCUCCUGGCAUCAAGGCUCGGGAGCAUGUGGACAUGAUGUACAUCUCCAUUGAGACGGCUAUUGCCCUGGCCUCUGUGCUGGGGAAUGUGCUGGUGGUGGUGGUGGUGUGUGUGAACCGGUCUCUCCGCAACACCACCUUCUGCUUCAUUGCGUCUCUGGCCGUGGCUGACAUCGCUGUCGGCGUCUUGGUCAUCCCUCUGGCCAUUAUCAUCAGCCUGGGGUUAAACACUCAGUUCUACACCUGCCUCUUCCUCUCCUGCCUGCUGCUGAUCAUCACCCAGAGCUCCAUCCUUUCCCUGCUGGCCAUCGCCAUUGACCGAUAUCUCAGAGUCAAGAUUCCCACCAGGUACAGCAUCAUAGUGACCCAGGGGAGGGCCUAUGUGGCAGUUUGUCUGUGUUGGAUUCUCUCCAUUCUCACGGGAUUGGUUCCGAUGAUUGGCUGGAAUAACCGUGAUGCCCAAGGAAACCUCAGCACCUCCAGCGAAAUUGUGUGCGAAUUCACCGCCGUCAUGAGGAUGGAUUAUAUGGUGUACUUCAAUUUCUUUGGCUGGGUGGUGGUACCUCUGACCAUAAUGAUCGCUCUGUAUGCAGAGAUCUUCCGGGUGAUCCGGCGGCAGCUUAACCAACGCGCUGAGGCCACUUGUGAUGGAGACAGGGACAGGUACUAUCGGAAGGAGCUGAAACUGGCCAAAUCGCUGGCCUUGGUGUUCUUCCUCUUCGGUGUGUGUUGGCUGCCGAUACACAUAAUGAACUGCAUCAACUUCUUCUGCCCCAAGUGUUACAUACCCAAGUCUGCCAUGUAUGUAGGGAUCUUCAUGUCCCAUGUGAACUCAGCCCUCAAUCCAAUGGUUUAUGCAUUCAGGAUAGAUCGGUUCCAAGUCACACUGGUCCAGAUCACUCGCCGUUGCAUGUUAUGUAAACCCCCGGAGCCCACCCCGUGCCCCAACAGCACGCCAGCCCUGAAGAAGAAAGAGGAUGUAAACCUGUAACAAGGCGGACUGGAGUAUUUUCUUUUUUCAUUGCUUGCAGUGAGAUGGUGCAUUGAUGAGAAUCAUGGGAUCAUGUGGUGUUUGGAAUAUCAACCCAUUAACAGUGAUGACAAAGCACUUCACUGAGUCAUAGAAGAAAUUAAUUUCUGACUCGCUCCCAUUUCUUUGAGUCAGACCUGUAAUCAUUAUUGUGUUUUCACUCAAUGGCUUUUCAAUCAAUUCAUAUUGAAUUAUACAUGUCAACAUGUCACAAAUACAACACACAUUUCAUGUAUAAAAAGCUUGUCAGUAAAUUCACCAGAAUAAAUAUGCAUAGUUCAUUUGAUAUGCAAAUCUUACAUUUAUUAUUAGAUCAAUUCUAAUACAUUUUAAACAAGGGUCUACGGCCACGGCAACAACUCUGUGAGUGCUUUGAGCUAAAUGCUAACAUGCUCACAAUUUUAUCUUGUUCGCAUGCUAAUAUUUGAUAAUUAGCAUUAAACAACAUUGGUUUUGAAGGAAUUUGAAGGUAAUGUAAUGCAAUAUUUCAUCAAACAGUUGUUUAGAUAUUAAGGUCAAAACCAAAUUGGUGGAUUGACUGAACAAUAUGGUGCUAGCACGGCUAUAAGUGAGAUCGGAUUCAGAGAUGUGGAUGUUGUUUGCUAAGGCUUAGCAGAAGCAUCAGAGUCAGAAUGGAAAGAUUUAUUGGUUAUAAAGAUCGAUAGAAAGCACAGUGUGUUCAUGUUCCGCAGAGCAUUCAAUAUAGGGAAGGGAAAAGCUCUUCCUGGAAAGCAAAUUAACAUUGAACUCACUAAUCCAAAUGGAACAAAACUAUAUGGUAACAUCAGAUAAAGUCAGCCUUAGACUUUAUCACAGGAAGCAGGUACCUCUUUAGCUAAUUCGGUUAGUUUAUGCCAUAUUUCACAACUAUGGCAGGGUGUUAAAAAAACUGAAGCAUUUCAGUAAAUUACCCACAGAGCAUCGUGAUGAAGGGAUUUAUAUAUCUUCUAAACUCUAAAGCUUCUGCUGAAGCUCUGUCAGCUCUGCUUUGUCAUCACCUGGUUUCAGACACUACUUCCAAUUGCAUGCUUUAAAAAGGGUCGAAUCUGGUUUAGAACAUGCUCGUUUGAGUGUUUUUAUCAUCUGAUGUGUUUAAAUCGCCAGGUUUGCGUAUAUUCUCACGGCUCCACAAUGAUAUUAGUUUAACUCAGGUUUAUAUGCAUUCACCUGCCAGGUGCUCUGACAACCUGAGGAUAGUGAAGUUGAAUAUUUUCACUGUGGACAAAGGAAACUUUCGCCCUCUUUCCCUCGGUCCCUCCCACACACAAUACGUAUCUCACCAUCUGCCACCUUCAUCCUUGUUGAGGGAUUUGAAACUGCUGAGUGUGGUCUAAUCCUCAGCCCUCGUCUUAGCGAGGUAUAGGUGCCACAGAACCAGUCUGGCAUUUACAACUUCUGGCUGGUGGCGUACCGAAUUCUGAAGAGGCACAAGCAUGGUGUAGGUGUGGAGACAAAAACGGCAAGAGUCUCUAUUUUUUGUCUUCAUCUAAUCGUAAUCCGAGACCAAUCUUCUGUCAGGUACGAUCUUUCAUAUUCAUCCCAAGACAACUGCAACAAAAUUGUUCGACAAGAGAAGUGAUCUGUACCGUCUCUAUCUCUGUAUCUCUAGUCUCUGAAAGCUUUAUGCUUUUAUCAUUCAACUAUUCUCAGAGGACUCAAGGGAACUUUGAUUUGCAGCACCAAACCACUAUAAAAUGGCUGAUACAGACGGAGCAGUGAGGGGCCAAAACCCGGAGGCUCCAGAGGAGCUGGGGGACGAUCAGCAAGCCUGGCGACACUUCAGUGCGUACAGUGAAUCACGGCGUGCGCUACCUUGGGAGCAGUGGACCUUCAGGGAGAAGGCAAACUAUUAUGUGGACCGCAUCUUCCUUGGAAUAUUGUCAAUUUUCAUCAUUAUGCUGGUGGGAGAGUUUGGUUAUAAAAUGUGGUAUGUGACGAACGUGUCAAAGGUUGUAGAGUUUCUGUCAGAUUCGGUGGUCUUUGUGUUCGACUUGCUCUUCACGCAGGAGAGACAGGGGGAGCUGGCUGAACUAUAGUUUGAUAAUACUGUGGAUCCAAGUGUCAAUCUGUUCGAUACACCCAACAUCUGUGUGUGGGAUAAUCACUCAAUUCUUUUUUCUAAGAUGUUUUAGGCGAUUGUGGUAUCUCAAAUAUCCAGAAAAGAAUCCAUUUGUACCCACAUGAAUAAAUAAUUUAUGAACUCUUUUCGUCGCUGAUUUAAUGGUAAUAAAUAAUGUAUGCAAUUAACAGAA